AUGUCCAUCUUCUUCUUCUUCGUCCUCCUCCUCCUCCUCCUCUGUCUUCUGAACAGAGCCAUGGCCACCGAAAAUGGGCUCUCGCCGUUCUACUAUUGGAAAACUUGCCCGCAAGUAGAAGCCAUAGUCCGACGCGAGCUACGGAACGCCAUGCUCACCGAUCCAAGAAGCCCCGCCUCUCUCAUGCGCCUACAGUUCCAUGAUUGCUUUGUUGACGGUUGUGAUGGUUCUGUGUUAUUAGAUCCAACGCCAACCACGCCAGGGGAGAAAGGGUCUCUUCCCAAUGUAGACUCCUUGAGAUCUUUUGAGUUUGUUGAUAUAAUCAAGGACGCUGUGGAGAAGGAAUGCCCAGGAGUGGUUUCUUGUGCAGAUAUCAUAAUCAUUGUCGCUAGAGAGGCUACUCACCUUACUGGAGGACCUUUCUGGCCUCUGCUGCUAGGAAGAAAAGAUAGCCUUACAGCCAGCGAACAACAUGCGGACGACAUCAUCCCAAGCCCAAACAGCUCAAAUGGAACUUCGCUCAUUGAUCUCUUCAAAAGAUUCGGCCUCACUGUCCUAGACCUCGUAGCUCUUACGGGGUCGCACACCAUCGGUUUCGCACGCUGCACCAACGUUGUGGAGCGCCUCUACGACUUCCGCGGCACCGGGCAAGCCGACCCCAGCAUUGAGCCACAUUUCAAGUGCUAUCUGGAGACUAUUUGCCCCGCCGGCGGCAAUGAGAGUGUGAUCGUACCCCUUGAUGCCACACCAUAUUCAUUUGACAACAGAUUUUUCCAGGACUUAGUUAAUGGGGAAGGGGUGUUGAAUUCUGACGAAAUUCUCUUCACAAACAAUAUAACCAAACCAUAUGUUUUGUGGUUCUCCUUCGAUCAAUAUGCGUUUUUUAGGGCCUUCGCGAUCGGGAUGAUAAAGAUGGGAAACUUCCAUCUGUCCGGCCAGCAAGGUGAGAUUAGGAAGAAUUGCAGGGUGGUUAAUCCCAAGCGUGACGAAGGGAAGAAAAAGAUGGAUCCUAGGGAUGAGGAUGUAAAGGCUGAAGGAAGAGAUGAUGUGGAAACUUCCAGUGAGGAGGACUUGGACAUCUCCAUGAUGCUGAUGGGUAUAGCCUGA